UCCUCGACUUUAUCCAAGGUCCCCACUUACUGUAUAUCUGCCCAAUUUUACGCGUUAUUUUGGCGGACACUGGUUGUUUUUCACACUUGGAAAGUUUAUAUUUUUGAACGCAAUUUCUAUCGCGUGGAUAUGUGGUGGAUGCUCUUUCCCAGAUGGAUCUGGUUUUUACUGGGACAGUUGUGCGUCUGGCGUUUGGACUUACGCGCACGAGCUAUGCCAAUGAUGCCAGUGUCCAAAGUGGUUUAUUCUCACGCGGGAAUGUGUCCGAACGAGAUGAACCCGAACCUGUGGGUGGAUGCCAUGAGCACCUGCAUGCGAGAGUGCGAGUCCGAUCAGGACUGUGAGCCAUUUGAGAAAUGCUGUGCAAAUGUUUGCGGACUCAAAAGCUGUGUGGCUGCUCGCUACAUGGACAUUCAGGGUCAGAAAGGUCCAGUGGGGUUGCCUAAAGGAAUGACCUGUGUCAAAUUCAUGUGCACCCAACAGGGUUCUGAGUGUGACAUCUGGGACGGCCAGCCGGUGUGCAAGUGUCGGGACCGUUGCGGGCGGGAACCCAUGUUCACUUGCGCCUCAGAUGGGAUGACUUACUUCAGCAAAUGCUACAUGGAUGCCGAGGCCUGCACCAGGGGCGUCACCCUCACCGAGGUCACCUGUAGGUUCCACUUCAGCUUGUCCAACACCAGCCCUCUCCCAGAGGAGACCACCAUCCGACCCACUCCCGCCCAUCUUGAGACCACGCCCAUGGACGUUCAACGUCCCAUCAUGGUCAGCAAUCCAGUGCACCACUUUGUGUUUGUAGGCGAAACAGCUAGCUUCCUGUGCGAGGUGACGGGCAAGCCCAAGCCAGUGAUUACUUGGGAUAAACAGAUUGAAGGCAAGGAGAACACCAUUCUGCGAUCCAACCACGUGCUAGGAAACAUAGUGGUUACCAACAUUGACCAGCUGGUGAUAUACAAUGCCCAGACCCAGGAUGCCGGCAUUUACACCUGCACUGCCAAGAACCAAGGAGGCUCCAUUCAGGUUAAUUUCUCGCUCUCUGUGGUUCAUAGAGAGCAGACCAAAAACCAGCCAUUGAUUAAUUCCAUGCGCCUACCAGCCGAAGAGUGCCUGAAAGCACCUGAUCUGGGUGACUGCGGGGAGGAGAAUCUUAGUUGGUACUAUGAACCCAAACGCAACAACUGCUUCACCUUUACAUACAGCCAGUGCAACAAAAACAGAAAUCAUUUCAACUCUUACGAGUCAUGCAUGUUGUCAUGUGGAGUGGAACUAGCGGCAAUUUGCUCCUUACCUAGUGUGCAAGGACCCUGCAAGGCUUACAAACCACGUUGGGCAUAUAGCUAUGCAGUCAAGAAAUGCCAGUCAUUUGUUUAUGGAGGUUGUGGCGGAAACGAGAACAACUUUGAGAGCAAGGAAGCUUGUGAGGAAAUGUGCCCCUUCCCCAAGACCCACAACUGUAAGGUGUGCAAACCCCGACAGAAGAUGGUCCCCAGCUUCUGCACGAGCGACUUUGUGGUCUUGGGUCAUAUUUCGGAGUUGACGGAGGACCAUGACUCUGGACACGUGCUCAUCAUGGUAGAGGAGAUCUUAAAGGACGAGAAGAUGGGGCUUCGCUUCUUCGGGCAGGAACCUCUGGAAGUGGCGCUGCUCAAUGUGGAUUGGAACUGUCCUUGUCCAAACAUAACAAGAGCAGAGGGUCAGAUGAUCAUCAUGGGGGACGUUCACAACGGCAUGGCCAUGCUGCAGCCCGACAGCUUUGUGGCCACUUCCAGCGUGUGGCGAGUUCACAAACUCCGUGAGGUUAUCAACAAAAAGACUUGUGACGUCCUAAAGGAGUUCAGUAGCAUGAAGUACUAGGGGGCUUACGAUGCAACACCAACCUUUUUCUCUGGAUGUCCUAAACCAAUGUCCCUGCCUCUCACCUGCUUUUCUUCAUGGAGCAGACACACUGAUUUUUGCUGUUUUGCAAAAAGCAACUUGUAGAUUCUACAGUCAUAUAUCAUACUGGUUCUUCUUCUGCAGCUUGGAGCUGCUUGAAUUAUCUAUUGAGAGACCAUUUCAUACAAAAGUAUUACCUUAUGUACAUCUACUGUACAUGUUGUAGUGUGAGAAGUACAGUUAUUUUAGUUUGACUAAAAAGCCAUGUAUGUUGUAUUAAACCAGAUCUACCUGUAUCAGAACGAUCUCAAAUCUUUGGUUGAAUGUUGAAACAAGUGGUUAAACUUUACUAACCUAAAAACUCUAUUUAUACUUCAUAAAGAUUUCAUUAAAUAUGAAAGCCAUGUCAUACUUAAACUAAAAAAAACAUAUGACAUAUUAAAUACUCUUGCACCUUAUUAUAAUUAAUAGUAUUUCACACUGUAAUCAUUUAACUGUGUUCCAUCUAUUUAUUGUAACACCAUACCAUUAUGUUACUACCAUAAAUUGAAACAAAGGUAGUUCUAUGUAUGUGCUUUACAAAGUAUAUUACAUGUUUUUUUGUCAAAUCAUACAAUGGCAAACAUAUAAUGAGAUUAUAACUAUUAUUCUAUGAGCAGUUUAAAGUGUAAUAAACAUUUAUGGAACACCACCAGAGAGGCGAUUAAAGACAUGUUCUUUAAGAUUGCACUUGUUGAGAACAAGUAAACAGGUGAAGCUUGGGUUUCGAAUCUUCACAAGGCAUUUUUGAAUGCGCUUUGAUAAGGGGCAACAUAUUUUAUGAUAGAACAGCAGUCCCACCCCCCACCACGAUGGAUUCUAUUGUCAGUCAGUCCUGACCUUUGUUCUGGAACAGGUCACAUUCCAGCUGUUCUUUGGUGGGAAGUGUUGCAACUAAGGGGGAUGGGGGGCCAGUCUGAUCCCUUGUGUUGUGUCUGGAUCUGGUACUCUCUCCUCUCCCGCGGAUCUUUCAUGUGAGAACCUCUGCCUCCCCCAGCUGCUCGGUCCUCUCAUCUCCCCAGCUCCAACUCCAGCCAAGCUGUGACCCUGCAUGGGAGGGGAGCCAACACACACACACUACUUUCUGUUUUAAAGGCACGGCUUUGAACCUUUGACUGGGGCUGGAUGGGACGGAGAGGGAUAGCACAUGCUUUUUUUCUCCAGGGUGGGCCUCUGAUGGCUGCUACCUCAGCCUGGCUGACAGGGCCUCAUCCGUGACCCUGUAAGAGGCUAAUGAAAAGAGGGAGAGAAUCAGAGAUAGGAUUGGCUGGGGGGAGGAUGCUAGGAAUGUGGAUUGGGGAAGUUUCAUUAAAACUGUUGACAAGUGUCAAGUGAAGCACUCAUGUUCAAAUU